GCAUCACCUCCAUACGGUCAGUCUCUACGCUUCGCCACCGGAGAGAAGGUCGACCAAGUCUUCGCUACCGCACCGCGAGAAGAGUAAAGAUGAGAACUCUGUUUCUCGCCUUCCUGGGCCUGGCCCUGCUAAUCACCCUUCAACACAGUCAGGGUGCUAGCGUGGAUCAACCUUCUCUCCGCACGGCAAACACUGGAGACUCCGGCGGCGAGUCCAAGAGAGCCGCUAACCCCUCUACCGGUGGUGAUGGCCAAGGCGAAGAUGAUGAGGAGGCAGACAGCCUCGCCGACGAACAAGAUGAUGACGAGGAUGCGGACGAAGAGGGCGACGAGGAAGAGGAUGGCCUAGCAGACUCUGAGCUGGACGCUCUGACUGACAGGCUAGACCAAGACAACGAUGAGGGCAAAGAUCUUCAAGCCAAAGAAGGAGAUGAGGAUGGCAAUGAAGUCGAGCAGGACAAGCGCGCCGCGUUUUGGUCUCGUCGUCGCAGAACUUCCCGCCGCCGUUGGGUAAGCCGCCGUCGCGUCAGCCGCAGGCGCUCGUCCUAUCGCCGCCGCUACUCGUACCGCCGUCGCUACUCGUACCGCCGUCGCUACUCGUACCGCCGUCGCUACUACCGACGCCGCUACACCCGCCGUCGCGUCGUUGUCGUUGGCAAAUAGUAAACGCCAUAAUAAGGCAUAAGCACCGUGCACGCGGUAGCAGAGUAGCAACUGCAAGGCUAUGAGUAUGACGUAAAGGUGUGGCAUCACUGGGAGUUACCAUGACGGGUGCUUCCCAAGUGACCUGCAUGAUUGUAUCUCAGUACUGUAGUAGUGUGGUGUGCUGCUCUGUGGUCCAGUGUGGUACGUUUCGUAGCGCAUCCCGUGUGACCGUCUGACCAGCUGAACUAUCAUUUUCGCAAUCCGAUUGUGGUUUAUGUUCAUGGCUUGUGAGGUGGUUUAGUAGCCUACUAGUAGAACUAUUUCCCGACCAGUUUCUCAUAUUAUCUCAAUACUAUGUACAUGGUACAUGAGAAUCUCUCAUGGUGGUCAUAGACAGAAACGUUGAAUGAAUACAAUUUGAGUAAAAAGUG